AUGAGCGCGAACCAAGAGGUCGCCGUCAUCGCCGUCGUCGGCACGUCGCUCGUGCGCGACGCCGCGACGCGGCAUCGCACGGCGCCCACGGCGACGGCGGCGCUUGGACGGUCGCUCAUGUGCGCGCUCCUGCUCGGGACGUUCAAGGGAGAGGACGAGACGACGCAGCUGACGUUCAAGGGCGACGGGCCGCUCGGGCAAAUCGUCGCCGUCGCGACGCACGACGGACGAGCGAAAGGGUUCUGUUCGAACCCGAACGCGGAUCCGCCGCUGCGGAGCGAUGGAAAAUUGAACGUGGGGGCGGCGGUCGGGAGAGGGGUGCUCACGGUGAGCCGGGCGCAUCCUUCGAUGAAGACGCCGUUUAGCGGGUCGGUGGCUAUUAGAACCGGGGAAAUCGCGGAGGACGUGGCGGGGUACCUGAGCGAGAGCGAACAGGUCGGGUCUGCCAUCGCCGUGGGCGUCGCGAUCGAUCGCGAGUGCGAGGUGAUCGCGGCGGGGGGGUUCAUGGUGCAAAUUUUGCCGUUCGCGAGCGACGAGACGAUUGAGAUUUUGGAGCGAAUCAUACCGUCGCUGCCGUCGUCGACGGCGCUCGUGCAGGAGGGGUUGACGGCGGAACAGAUCGCGCAGCGCGUGCUGGGCGAGCUCGGCGAGCAGAAGGAUCUCAUCACGAGGAUGACGCCCGAGUACGGACCGUGCGAACCGACCGAGUUGCGCGGACGAAUGUUGCGCGCGGUGGCUUCUCUGGGUAAGGAAGAGGUGGCUAAAAUUUUAGCCGAAGACGGCCAAAUCGAAAUCACGUGCGAGUUUUGCAAGGUGACUAGCGUGCUGAAGGAAGCAGAUUUAGCCAAGGCCCAGGGCGAGGUGGACGCAAGGUGA